GGAUGAAGGACACACAGUGACCUGCCCUCCCUGACAGUUAAAAAAACAAGGCAAGCAGGCUGUCGGGUCCUCUCAGAAUAAAACAAGAGAAUUCCAACAGGGCUGUCUGAAACUGAAAAUCACAGUUAUAAGGAGCUGGAGUCUUGAAGCCUCUGGUGACAUUGGAUGAGAAAGCCUGCUGCUCGGGGUAACAGAAAGGAAACGUACACUUCCAAACAUAAACUGAACUUCAAACUGUCCGCAGCUCGGCCAGAGGUGAAGCUCUCUUGCACAAUGUCUCUUGAUGUUGUCCCCUCGCUGCUGCUCUUCCUCUCUAUGUUCGGGGCAUCCCAGGCCUGCCUGCAGGAUCCCGCUGCAGCCUACAGGUUCACCGGAGCUGUGUGCCGCCUCACCUACCCUGCUGCCGUUGUGUUGAACGAGAAAACAACCAAAGUGAUCGAGGCAGCGUUCCAACAUGCCAGAUACCCCAGUGUGAAGGGAGAGAAAUACCUGUUCCUUAUAGGCACAGUCCUAUAUGCCCUGGAAAAUUUGGAGAUUCACAACCUGUCGAUCGGGCGGAGUGCAUUUGAACUGCGCCCAGGGGAAGGGAUCUCCAUGGAGAUAACAAAUGUGUCAGCAGUCUUCAAUGGGAGGAUCCAGUACGGAUAUGGCAGCUGGCUUGUCAACAUUGAACAUUCAAUUGACUUUGAAAUUGAAUCUCAGAUUGAUCUCGGAAUCAACCCCAAACUCUACUGCGGAGCGGGGAAGGUGGCAGCAGACACAUCGGAUUGUUUUCUUAAUUUUCACAAACUCAGUCUGCAUCUGCAGGGCGACAAAGAACCCAACUGGCUGAAGAAGCUUUUCACUGACUUCAUCACCUUCACUGUCAAACUGGUCGUAAAGGGACAGAUUUGUAAGGAGAUCAACAAGGUGGCAAGUAUACUGGCAGACUUCAUACAAGAGAGAGCAGAGCAGUUCCUCAGUGAUGGGGACAUCAGUGUAGACAUUGGUGUGGCUGCUGCCCCGGUCAUCACUGCAAACUACAUUGAGUCCUACCACAAGGGUCUGACCAGCUACAGAAACGUUUCUGCUGUCAUCAAUGAGUCUGUGUUCCAGCCCGACCAGCUGACUGAACACAAGAUGCUCUACUUCUGGGUCUCAGACCAGAUCUUCAACCCCAUGUUCACUGCUGCACACCAUGACGGCCGCUUCCAGCUCAACCUCUCAGGAGCAGAGCUCACUGAGCUUUUCAAGACCAAGCUCUCCAGUCCCAUGCCUGAAUAUAUCAGAAAGUGUCUGCUGGAAUCAGGUUCUCCCCAGCUCAGUGUCUGGAGUUCAUCUGUUCCCCACCUCCACACCUCCACCCUGGGUACGAAUAUCCGGGGGACGCUCUCCGCUCAGCUGCACUGUGGGGCGCCGGACGCUCCAACACUCUUCUUCCAAGCGGAAGUGGAUAUCGACAUCACUGCUUCCUAUGCUGACAAGAAAGUCUUCCUGCAGAGUAACCGAUCGGAGAUCUUUGUUCUGCAGGCUGAGUUUGCCUCACUAAACCAAACGCAUCUGGAUUUCAUCAGAGAAGCUUUGGAGAAAAUAGGAAUUCCCAAAGUCCUGUCUGUUUUUGAGACCGAGGUAACCAGACUUCUGGACAAACAGGGAACUGACUUAUUCGACAUCUUUAACCCGGAGGUGCUCCCUCAGGAGGGCUUCGUGGUGAUUCAGAUGGAUUUUGGUUUCCCUCAUCACCUGCUGGUGGAGUUCCUCAGAAGGACGCUAGAGUAACUAAGCAACCCUUCAGCAACGAGACACAUUCAGUGUAUGUCUGAGUUGCUCCCGUAAAAAUGUACCCUUUAAAUGUCCCCUAUUAUGCAAAAUGCACCUUUUGCUUUCUGUUAUACAUAAAUAUGUGUCCCGGUGUUUAAGUAGACUCACAGUGUCAGAAAAUACAACCCUCUCUCUUCUCCUCCUUACCCACAUCUCUAAAAACGGUGGUACAAACGAGCUGAUCCAGAUUUGCUGCCGAUAUGACGUCAUAUCGGAAAUGUGGGCUAGCUUUACAUUGAACUCCUGGCAACGUCCCACCACGGUACAUUUCCCAACCUAUGGUCCCCCAUAUACAGUAGUGAGCUGAAUCCCCCCCGCAGCACCUGUGUGUGUGUGUGUGUGUGUGUGUGUGUGUGUGUGUGUGUGUGUGUGUGUGUGUUCAGAAUCAGCACUUCAGGAACAGGGCUGAAAUAGAGGGGGAUGAGGCAUGCUACAAUGGGGGAUCUGUUUGGUAUUUUGAGCAAAACACUUCAGACAUGUUUUGAAUAGAUAUGGCCCUACAAUAUAUUGUUCAAAUAUAGCAUAAUAGGAGACCUUUAAGGUGUAAGUAAGGAAAACAAAUUAUGUUGCAUUUUUAUUUUGACCAUGUUGUUUAGAUAAAACCACUUUAAAUGCAGAUAUUACUGGUUAUAACAAGAUUUCACUGGUGUCCAUAACCAUAAAGUGUAAAACAGUUUGAUAAAGUUCUAAAAAGCAAGGUACUACUGCUCUGAA